AUGUUUAUUAGACCCGGUAAAAAUAUAAUUGGAAGUGAGGAGAGUAGUGAUGACGAAAUAGUAAAUUGUAGAAGAAAAGUGAUAAAUAGAAUUUCAUCGAGUUCAAACUCCGAUACGGAGGAAUCAUACGCAAGUGAAGACCUUGACGACAUGUUGGAAGAACUUGCUCUAGACGAAGAAGAGGAGCUGAACUCUGUGGAUGAUCCAUUGGACAAUAUCCAGUGGAACGAAUUUGCUAACAGGCAACAGACGUUUACGUUCACUGGAAAAAGUGGGCUUCUGAUGGAUUUGCCGUCUGAUAUUAGCGCAAGUGAAGUGCUUUCGCUAUUCUUAGACGAAAAAGUGAUAAGCCUUUUAGUCACAGAGCCUAAUAAAUAUGCAGAACAAAAAUUGCAUCAACAAAAAAUGACUGAGCAUGCUCGACUGAACAGGUGGAAACCUACCACUUCUGCAGAAAUUAGAAAAUUUAUAGGACUGCUAAUUUGGAUGGGUCUAGUACAGACACCGCUCGUUAGAUGUUGGUCAAUGGAUCCUAUCUACAUGUAUAGCUUUCCGUUUCCUCGCAGCAAGAUGUCCCGUAAUCGUUUUGAAUUACUUUUAGCAAACUUGGAUUUUGCAAAUAACGAAACGAUAGAAGAGGGUAGCAGACUGGGAAAAGUUUUGCCACUUCUAAAUCUAUUGACAGACAAUUAUCAAAAAGUGUUUUCACCAGGUGAAGAUAUUGUAAUCGACGAAACAAUGGUUCCUUGGAGGGGGGCGAUUGAUAUUCAGACAAUAUAUACCAACAAAAUCUCAUAA